GGAUUCUGAGUCAUGGAUGUGAUGUCGGAAGCUCUUCGAGCUUGUCAAAAAACUUCCAUGAGAUGGAUUCAUCAUCUGAAGAUGAGGAUCAGGGAACUCAUCAAUGUGGUUCUGGCAAUUCCAAAGAUAAAAUUCCUCUUCCUGGGCGGCUGUGGAGAAGCUUACUAUUGCAGCACAUCAGGUGCAGAGGCUGACUGGGAAUCUUCGCAUUCUUUACUCUGCACUGGCGAGAGGUCUGAUCCCGCUCAUAGGGAGGCACUUCUUAAAUUCAAUAAACAUGCUAAUGGGAUGAUAUAGUGAUAUGGGCAAGGAAAAAGACUGGUUCGUCUGUUAUUAGGAUAAAUUCGAAAAAGAAGGC